CUCGAAACUAUUCUGAUGGAAUAUGAGAGUUAUUAUUUUGUAAAAUUCCAGAAAUAUCCUAAAAUUGUCAGAAAGGCAGUUGAAACUGGAUUUGCAGAAGAAAACAAGAUGCCUCGAAAUGGAAAGUUCAGAAGGGUGGUGAGUGACACUUCUCAGAAUCUUCCUAGGAUCCACCUGCAUCGGCCCCAGUCAAAGAGGAUAUCCGGGAAGUCCCUGGAGCCCAAAGCACCCAACAAGGAGAUCGCCAAGCAGGAUUUUGAUAAUACAGCUUCUUUGGAGUGUACUGACUUUGGUUUAAAUAUAUCAGGAAUCAGAGGCAAUGGGGGUGAAAAUUCCGCCAGAAGGGGUCCAGAAAUUGACUUCCACGGGUUGAUCACAGAUGCUAUGAAAGGAACAACCAAUGAAAUAACCUUAAAUGGUUUUGACUAUAAUCCAGAACCUUCAGUACGAUUACCAAAACCUCUAAGUGCAUUUAUUGGCAUGAAUAGUGAGAUGAGAGAACUCGCGGCUGUUGUAAGCAGGGACAUUUAUCUUGAAAAUCCCAACAUAAAGUGGAAUGACAUUAUUGGACUUGAUGCAGCCAAGCAGUUAGUCAAAGAGGCUGUUGUGUAUCCUAUAAGGUAUCCACAGCUGUUUACGGGGAUUCUUUCCCCAUGGAAAGGACUAUUACUUUAUGGCCCUCCAGGUACUGGAAAGACUCUGCUGGCUAAAGCUGUGGCUACUGAAUGCAAAACAACCUUCUUUAAUAUUUCUGCAUCCACCAUUGUCAGCAAGUGGAGGGGUGAUUCUGAAAAGCUCGUACGGGUGUUAUUUGAACUUGCUCGGUAUCAUGCCCCUUCAACAAUUUUUUUGGAUGAGCUCGAGUCAGUAAUGAGUCAGAGAGGUACUGCUCUUGGGGGAGAACAUGAAGGAAGUCUUCGGAUGAAAACAGAAUUGCUCAUGCAGAUGGAUGGAUUGGCCCGAUCUGAAGAUCUUGUCUUUGUUUUAGCAGCUUCCAAUCUGCCUUGGGAGUUAGACUGUGCGAUGUUACGCCGCCUGGAGAAGAGGAUUCUGGUGGAUCUCCCUACCAAUGAGGCGAGACAAGCCAUGAUCCGCCAUUGGCUGCCUGCUGUGAGCAACAAUGGCGGCAUAGAGCUCCAUGCUGAACUGGAGUAUGGUCUGCUGGGCCAGGAGACCGAGGGCUACUCUGGCUCAGACAUCAAACUAGUCUGCAAAGAAGCAGCCAUGCGACCUGUGCGAAAAAUCUUUAAUGCACUUGAAAACCUCCAAACAGAGAACAGCAAUUUACAUGCCAUCCGGCUGGACACCGUGACUACCGCAGACUUUCUGGAUGUGAUGACCCACACCAAACCUUCUGUAAAGAAUUUGAUUGAGAAAUAUUCAGCCUGGCAAAGCAACUAUGAAUCCCUCUGA